AUGGCUUCGGAGUCCGCCGCGGCGGCGGCGUCGGCUUCGUCCCCGGCGGCGGCGCGGGCCGGGGGCGGGAAGGACGACGAGCUGGCCGAUCUGGUGCGGCGCAUCGUCGACGUCCUCUCCCGCUACUCCGAUCGCCUCCCCUUCGACCUCGACCGCCAGAAGCUUCGCUCGCUUACCACACUUGCUGCAAUUGCCAUCACAAUUGUAUUUGCCUGGAAACUGUUGAGAGCUCCUCCAGAGCAACCUCGGAGGCAACGGAGACGGGAUGCUCCAUCAUCUAGCAACACAAGCAGUAGAUCACAGCCAGGUGCUUUGGUCGGAACGGAUGCCUGCUCAUCGGUAGAUUCAAGAGCACAUGAAGCGAUCAAUCAGCUUUUCCAACCAGUAAAUCUGACUCUUGAGCAGCUUGUCAGGCAUAAACUGAGCGAAGGGCGAAGGGUUACCUGCCGGUUACUUGGUGUGAUUUUGGAGGAAACAACUCCAGAGGAGCUCCAGAAUCACGUUACAGUGAAACCUUCUGUUUUGGAGGUUCUUCUAGAAAUUGCAAAAAUUUGUGACGUCUAUCUGAUGGAGCACGUUCUUGAUGAUGAAAGUGAGGAAAAGGUACUGUCUGCCCUAAGUGAAGCUGGGCUUUUUACCAGUGGCGGUUUGGUGAGAGAGAAGGUUCUCUUCUGCAGUACGGAAAUUGGCCGCACCUCUUUUGUCCGGCAACUGGAACCUGACUGGCACAUUGACUCGAGUCCUGAAAUCGUUCACCAGUUAUCUAGGUUUAUCAAGUAUCAGCUGCACAUUUCGCCACAGCAAACAGAAAGGGUGUCACCCAAUGUUUUCAGCUCUGCAAGCUUGGAACAGUUCUUUGGAGGCCUUGAUCAGAGAUGA